CUGGCGAUCCGGCGAGCUGAGAAUGGGAGCUGGUGAUUGCUCUACAGCCACAGCCUCCACCAGAGCUACCUCUACGGCCACCAGCGAGAACGUCCAACCGGCCGCGCCGACCUGCGAGCCUGCGGAACGAUCGUCCUGCCUCCUCGACUUUGACAGCUUGUUUCUGGACUUUCCCAGACCCAGGACAGCUUCCAGCAUGGCCACCUCGGCCAGUUCUCACUUGAACAAAAAUAUCAAGCAGAUGUACCUGAACCUGCCUCAAGGGAACAAAGUCCUGGCCAUGUACAUUUGGAUCGAUGGAACUGGCGAGGGACUUCGCUGUAAAACUAGGACCCUAGAGAGUGAACCGAAGAGCAUCGAUGAACUACCUGAAUGGAAUUUUGAUGGCUCUAGCACUUUUCAGUCCGAAGGCUCUAACAGUGACAUGUACCUUGUUCCUGCUGCUCUGUUCCGAGACCCCUUCCGAAAGGACCCCAACAAACUGGUUUUCUGUGAAGUUUUCAAGUAUAACCGCAAGCCUGCAGAGACCAAUUUGAGGCAUACCUGUAAACGGAUAAUGGAUAUGGUAGCCAACCAGAAACCCUGGUUUGGUAUGGAGCAAGAGUAUACUCUCAUGGGAACAGAUGGACACCCUUUUGGUUGGCCUUCCAAUGGGUUCCCUGGGCCCCAGGGUCCAUAUUACUGCGGCGUGGGAGCUGAUAAAGCCUAUGGAAGAGAUAUAGCAGAAGCUCAUUACCGUGCUUGUCUAUAUGCCGGAGUCAAAAUUGCAGGGACAAAUGCUGAAGUAAUGCCAGCUCAGUGGGAGUUCCAGAUAGGACCCUGUGAAGGGAUUGAAAUGGGAGAUCACCUCUGGAUUGCCCGCUUCAUCCUCCAUCGAGUGUGUGAAGAUUUUGGAAUGAUUGUAACGUUUGACCCCAAACCAAUCCCUGGGAACUGGAAUGGAGCUGGUUGCCACACUAACUUCAGUACCAAGGCCAUGAGAGAAGAGAAUGGUCUAAAGUUUAUUGAAGAAGCCAUCGAGAGACUAAGUAAGAGACACAAGUAUCACAUCCGAGCUUAUGACCCCAAGGGGGGUCUGGACAAUGCCCGUCGCCUGACAGGUUUCCAUGAGACAUCCAAUAUCAACGAGUUCUCUGCUGGUGUGGCCAACCGCGGCGCCAGCAUCCGGAUUCCCCGGAUGGUUGGGCAGGACAAGAAGGGCUACUUUGAAGAUCGCCGCCCCUCUGCCAACUGUGACCCUUACGCAGUGACAGAGGCGCUUAUCCGUACCUGUCUCCUCAAUGAGACAGGAGAAGAACCCUUUCAGUAUAAAAACUAAGUGGACUAGACCUACAGAUAGCUUCUGUAUCCCCCUCCCCAUAACCUUUUUCUCAUGCCCUCAUCCACCUCACUUCUCCCUUCUUCCAAUUUUCCCUACUAGAUGUAACUCAGGGCACAAAAUACCAUGUUUUUUGUGCCCACAGAUAACUCCUUGCUUUUUUUUUUUGUGGGGGAACAGGAGUAGGGUUGGGAUGUUUUUAAUGUUUUUUUUUUUUCUCCCAUCAUUGACUUUUGAAGACUGAGAAAUAGUAUGUUAGUGGGGGAAAAGGGGGCUGGGGAACAUAACCACUGCUUCCAUCUAAUCAAGUUUGUACAUCAACAGAGACUUGUGGCUUCCAGGAAAAAAAAAUAAAAGUAUUUGAGAUGGCAGGUUUGGGGAGAGUGGAAGGUGGGUAGAAGGAGGAAUUUACUGAAUUUUUUGGAAGGGAGGGAGAAGAGCAUUAAAUUCAUAUGAGACUCUAUAUUUUUCUUAAAAGAUAAGAAUUAGUAAGGGGUGGUUAUAUCCUGCUUACAGGAAAACAAACACUUGGUUUUCUAGUUGUAUGGGGCCUAGUGGGGAAACCCUUGGCCAGAAGAUGAACCAAUGGGGACUGUUCAGCAUUAGAAAAGAGAAAAGGAACCUCCUUGCCCACUCAUCCUCCCUUUACCCAAAGCAGAGUAGUAUUUUUAUAUUUAAAUUUGAAAACAAAAAAACAAAGUGUGUGUUCAUGGGGUGGGGGUGGAGAUGUAAAGCAGGUGGGAAGGUCUGGUCAGAAGCAGGGAGUUCCUGCUGAGAAGCAAGGACUACUAGAAGGGAAUUGAGAAAAAAAAAAAGCCCAGCUUUUGUGGCUGGACACCUUUUCAGCUUACCCUCUUGCCCUUCUGAGCAGAGGUGUGUCACAGCUAAAGGCAGCAGGAAGCACUGGGUGGCUGUGAUUUUAACAAGCACACAUUGAAUGAAGGGCACAUAUGAGGGGGGGAUGGGGUUGGGGGGGGUUCUUAAACAGUGUGAGUUGGCUGGUCAACUUAACCAUGUUACUGAAGAGGUGGGAGGGGUUGUGGGUGUUUAUUUUCUGGUGGGACUAGGGUGUCACUAAAGCAGGCCUUUUGAUAUGUUAAAAAAAAAAACCCUUUAUAAAGGCAAAACAAUUUUAGAUUCUAAUGUUUAUAGGGUUUCUAAGUUGUACAGUUUUUCAGAGUUGCAUGCGUUUAUGCCCUAGUAUGCUCAAACCCUUUCCUAGGUGUCAUUUAGUGAUUAGGUUCGGGUUGACAGAGCUGGGGUUCAGACAUUUGUGUUUUCGUACCCUGGUAUCUUUUCCGAGUGCCAGGUCUUCCUUCGCCUUUUUGUCAAGAUUUCUGAUAAGCUUUUUUUCCUUUUAUAAUAAAACAGAACAGAACAAAAAUACCUUUUAUCUCUAGCUCUCCCCCUGGUUUGUUGUGCCAUUACUGGCUUGGUUAGUUGGACACCAUUAGACACAGUUGUGUGGAUUUCCUGGCUUUGACCUCCGGCUAGUUUUUUACCCUCCUUUUAGCCUCUCAUGGCCACAUACAGCAUAUUCAGCCCUUAAACAAGCUACUUAAUUGCUAGGAUAGCUCCUAUAAAUCAACCCAGAGUUUAGAUUCAUUUCCAUUGAUGUUUUCACCAAGUUUUGUAUAGCCUGAUACGUGAAUCUUUAUUCUGUUUGCCUUUUAUUAAAAAGAAGAAAUUACAAAUUACAAAUGCCAAGUACCUCGCUGCUGUUUGGGAGCUUACGGUUUUUGAGAACUAGAAAACCAGUAUCUGAACAGACUACUUAGGGGUGCUGCUGUCAUUUCAGAGAAGAAAAAGGUCCCAAUACCUCUGUUUAAAUAGCAAAUUACAUGAAAUGUUCUUGUCUUUGUAGUAGAUACUUGUGCACAUAACCUCUUACCCUAAUAGGUGGAGAGUUUGUGUUUACUUUUCCCUUUGUUUCUCAAAAAUCUCCAGGCCUUGUCUGGGUAUUCUGACCAUUGGCAAAACUUUCUCUAUGCUAUGAGAAACUACUCUCACUGGAAUUUGUAGUAGAGUUCAAUUCAAAUUUACUUGGCUUGUCUUGAAAUACAAAGUAGUUCUUUCCCUUGAUUAAGUACUGGGGGUGGGAGGGUAGGAGAGGAAUUGGAGGCAAGACUUGGUUUUCCAAUAAUUGAAUAUAUCUGCCUGACCUUAAAGUUAUUUACCAUUCCUGAUUCUAAUUUUGGUGGAAUUUUGAGGGAUUGGACUAGAUUACCUUUAAAUUGUGCCUCUAAAUCUGAUCCUUCCAGUAACCCUAAAUAACAUAACCUAGUCCCAGUAUUUUCACUGUUGUUAGUGCUUUCAAGAAAGGUUACCAGUUGGAUUAUAUAUGGCCAGUAGUUAAAGAUGUAACAGAAAAGAGAUUAGCAAAGGCGGUGCUAAAUGAAUCUCACAGGAUGUGAUGACAUCCAGAGAGUGGGUGACUUCCCAAGCGCUCUCUAAUGUCACUACCAGAAGAUGUAGAGUCUAGGUGGUUAAUAAGGUUUAUUGUCUAAAACCAAAUCAUGUCUGUUCAACCAAUCACCUAAUCAUCCUGUCUCUUGUCUCCCAUGCUCCUCGUGGAUUUUUAAUACUUUAAAGUGGACCUUGCGAUUCUAGGCCAUUUCACUGGUUCUAAUUUGCCUUGUGGAAAGGGUACUACUGCCUUCUGAAUGAGAUUAGGAAGGAAUUACCAUAUUCCCAUCUCCACUUUUACCUGGCAUUUGCUUUAAGCCACUGCCCCAAAUGUCUUUGUGUUUCUAAGGUGUGUCUUGUGCGUCGUGCCUCAUUUAACAGACUUGAAUUAAAUGAUAACUUAUGACUAAUAGGCAGCCACGCCUUCAGUCUUGGAAAUAGAUCUGGCAGGAUCUUCUAGGACAAUAGUAGCUUAAGGAACUUGACCCACUCCAGGUAUCAGUAACAGGUUCCAUUGAAUUCUCUUGGGAAAAGGAUGAAAAAAUCAGGCCUAGCCACAAGCCCAGAAGACGAAAUUGUUCUGGUAGAGCAGUAGGUGCUGAGGGUAACGUCUUUAAGUGACCUGUCCCAGUUCCUAAACCAUGGAAGUUUUGGAUGAAUCCUUCCCUUUUUGUCACUAGACAGUUGGGCCAAUAAAGUCCAAAGUCUAAAAAGAAAUUUAGGAAUCCGGAGAGCUUAUACCACUCUCUUGUGCUCAGCAAGACUUUUAUUGAUUUGGUUUGUUGGCGUUAACACUUGACUAUCUUAAGUUGUAUCCCAAGAUUGCCACUCUCCAGUUGGGUUUUGUCAAACCAAUUUGUUCCUAACUUGACUGUUUAGUAAAACAAGCAAACAAAC